UCGGAACAUAUGAGUAGCAGGCGGAAGAGAAGGCAGCAACAGAGCGGAGAGAGAGAGGGAGCGAGUGAGCAGUGCAAGAUGUCAUAGCGGCACUGCUUUGUAAUCGUGUGUGAAGCUUUCAACGAUGUAUAGUGUACACGUAUACUUCGGCGAUGCAAAAAUGGGAAGUGGAAUCGAAUCUUGCUUCCGAGUUUUACUUUCCCUGUAGGCGGAUUAUUAGGCACGGGUCUCUCAUAACAGAGGUCUGUUUUGAUUAGGUCUGCUUUCAAAGAAAUAAUAAUUGAUAAACUUGUAGAGUGGUAUAAAUUUUGUAUAUUUAGCUUGACUAAAACACUAUGGAGUACUGGAGGCAAUGCGCGCUGUGGCUGAUCAAUUGCAAGGUGCUUCCACCGACCCAUCGAGUAACAUGGGAGUCAGCUCAGGUAUUCGACUUAGCACAGACCCUCCGGGAUGGGGUCCUCCUGUGCCAGCUUCUCAACAAUUUGAGACCGCAGUCCAUAAAUUUGAAGGAGAUCAACUUGAGGCCACAGAUGUCACAGUUUCUCUGCUUGAAAAACAUCAGAACAUUCCUUUCUGCUUGCUGCGAGAUAUUUGCCAUGAAAAAGAGUGAACUCUUCGAAGCCUUCGACCUGUUUGAUGUUCGGGAUUUCGGGAAGGUCAUGGACACGCUAUCCAAACUCUCACAUACAAUGAUUGCACAGCAAACUGGAAUAAGGCCAUUUCCAACAGAGGAAAGUAUGGAAGAUGAAGAUAUCUAUAAUCAUUUGGAGGACUUGAUUGAUGAAAACGGAGUGGAGGAUGAGGAGGACCUUUAUGACUGUGUGUAUGAUGACGAUGAAGGAGGAGAGGUCUACGAGGAUCUGAUGAGGCCGGAAGCGGCGCCUCCACCGAAACAGGCUGAGAUGGACAUUCGGAGCUGCUGCCUCGGUGAGAUCAAACAGACGGAGGAGAAAUACACAGAGACGCUGGAGUCCAUAGAGAAGUUUUUCUUGAUUCCCCUGAGGAAGUUCCUAUCAGCAGUGGAAAUAGAGAAAGUAUUUGUUAAUAUUCCGGACCUUGUCAAAGUCCAUAGAAGCCUGAUGGUUGAGGUGCAAGACUCCAUCCUUAACAAGAACGCCCAUAACUUGUACCAGAUAUUCAUCGCGAACAAAGAGAGACUUCUCAUUUAUGGAAAGUACUGCAGCCAAGUGGAAAUAGCCAUAGCAAUUUUGGAUGGUAUCUGUAAAGAGAAAGAGGAUGUGCGAUUGAAGCUGGAGGAAUGUUCAAAGAGAGCAAACAACGGAAAGUUUACAUUAAGAGAUCUUUUGGUUGUACCAAUGCAGAGGGUAUUGAAGUACCACUUGCUCCUUCAGGAAUUAGUCAAACACACUCAUGAUGCAACUGACAAGAGCAAUUUGCGAACGGCACUCGACGCCAUGAAGGACCUGGCUCAGUAUGUCAAUGAAGUGAAGAGGGACAACGAGACCCUGCGUGAGAUUGAACAGUACCAGAAAUCCAUUGAAAACCUGAAUCAGUCGCUCCGUAACUAUGGGAGACCAAAGGGUGAUGGGGAGGUUCGAGUUACUUCUGUGGAUAAACGAGCAAAACAAGACAGGCAUAUCUUUCUGUUCGACGUGGCUGUGAUCGUCUGCAAGAGGCGUGGGGAUAACUACGAGAUGAAGGAGGUUAUCGACCUCCACAACUUCAAAAUCACCAACAACCCGACGACUGAUAAAGAAAAUAAAAAGUGGUCUUAUGGGUUCUACCUCACUCACAACCAGGGGCAGAGCGGCUUCGAGUUCUUCUUCAAAACCAAAGAGCUGAAGAAGAAGUGGCUGGAGCAGUUUGGCAUGGCAAUAUCCAACAUCAGGCCCGAGAACGCCUGCAGCAACUUUCACGAGUUCAGGAUGCACACCUUCGAGCGCAUCACAUCCUGCAGGGCGUGUGAUAUGCUGCUGAGGGGGAUCUUCAAUCAGGGGUACCUGUGCUCCAAGUGUGGGGCGGGGGCACAUAAAGAGUGUCUGGGGAGACUGGGGAGCUGUGGGAAAACCAGCCCGGAUUCCGGCACCCUGAGAUCGCAGAAAAAGACAGACCACGGAAGACGGCAUGACCCAGGUUUGCCUAAGAUGCUGGCGACUCGUAACUAUCAUGGCGUCCCAAGCCCAGUGUGUGGACCCCCGUUGAACAUUCAGGCUGGGGACAUCAUAGAGUUGAUCUGCGCAGAUCUGCAUAGUUCCUGGUGGCAGGGAAGAAUACAGGCGAAGAGAGAAGUUGGCUUCUUUCCAAGUGAUGCUGUGAAGCCAUGCCCAUGUGUUCCAAAACCAGUGGAUUAUUCAGCACAGCCCUGGUUUGCCGGGCCAAUGGAAAGACUCCAGGCAGAGGCAGAGCUCAUAAACCGCGGGAACAGCACCUACCUGGUGAGACACAGGAGUAAGGAAUGCACGGAGUACGCCAUCAGUAUAAAGUAUAACAACGAUGUGAAGCACAUCAAGAUCUUAACUAAGGAGAGCUGUUUCUACAUCGCAGAGAAUAAGAAGUUCAGGAGUAUUUUAGAGUUGAUAGAGUACUACAAGCAUCAUUCACUGAAAGAGGGCUUCAGAAGUCUGGACACCACAUUGCAGUUCCCCUACAAGGAACCAGAGAACGCAGCCAUGCACCGAACCAACAGGCUCGGGGGAAACACUCCAUUUCUCUGUGGGCUUUCUUUUGUAACUGCUGCCGGCUACAGCUUUGUUCCUCCCUCCUCUGCUCCUUUCUGGUCAGUGUUCACUCCGAAAGUCAUGGGCAUCGCCAUCGCCCGUUAUGACUUCUGCGCCAGAGACACGCGGGAGCUGUCACUCCAGGAAGGGGAUGUGGUGAAGAUCUACACAACGUCCGGCGCCAACGGAUGGUGGAGGGGGGAGGUUAAUGGCCGGGUGGGCUGGUUCCCCUCCACCUACGUAGAAGAGGGAGAAGAGUGAUGGACACGGGAGGCGGGGACACCCGGAACUCCGCCCUCGCCCCCCCCUCCUGCUGCUCUGCCCUCAAACAACUUUGGGGGGGAAAAAAAGGAAAAGUGUGAGACAAUGCAAAAGAAAGAAAAAAAAGAAGCAACAACAAAAAAGGAAACGCCCCGGUCGGGCCGCUGGCUUCGCCGCGGCUGGGAAGCGCGGGGAGCUGCGCGCUAGCCCGCGCUGACAGAUUAAUGGCUAGCCUGCAGCUUUAGCGGCGAGAGGCUGCCAGUCUGCCUGUCAGCGGGGACCCGCUCGGAGCCAGACCCUCUGCCUCCCGGAAGAAGCUCACGCAUCCAGACAGCUUCAUUCCCCCUGUCACUCUCCCCGCCUGCCGGCUGCGGCAGCCCUGUCGCUGGUAAAUAUUUAAAUACAUCUCCAUCCCCAGCAAAGAGUCUCCUUGAUGAGUUGGAAUUAGGAAAAAAAAAAAAAAAAAGCCCUUAGCUGUUUCAUUUUAGCCCCGCAAGACGCUUCCUCUGUGCUGACCUUGCCGGUGUCCUACUUACCUGUGUUAUUAUUGAUGACUUCAUCCUCCUCCCUCCCUCGCUCUCAGAGCGGAAGGCUGGGCGGCCAGCACGCUGUCUGCCACCUAAGCCUCUUUUCGGCACGCAUCGCGAUCGCUGCCCCGGACUCUGAAAUGCCCCGAAACGGCACGCGGGCCCGCAGAGAGAAGGAGCGGGGAGCGCCAUGUCACGUGACCGGUUGAUUGCUGUCGUGUUCUCCGCCCCUCGUGUUCGGUUCAAUGUAAAGACGUUUACUGUUUUUUUUCUUUUCUUUUUUUUUGCUGUGCUUAUCUCAGAAGGCGCGUUGUUUGCUGUCACACGGCGUUUAUCUGAUUUUCAGAUAGCUGCGGUGUCAGCGAACAAGCAAAUACAGCCGCAACGCCGAGCGGCUUGUUGACAGAAAACAAAGGCGAUCGCUCCGUCGCUCUUGUAAACAAUUUGGGCCUGCAACUCGGAGAAGAUUGCGGCUUUCCACUCCGAAGGGAUCUCAUUAGAUAUUACAGCCGGCACCUUCCUAAUCCAGUAAUGAGUAGGAUUUGUGCACGUUUGACAAAAUAAUUGCAUUGAACUGAGCAGGUGCAAAACACUGUCAUCGGAAUGAUAAAAAGUAAUAAUUAUCGAGUGGGUUUAAAAACCAGCUCAACGCGGCAAUUUGCGGGAGUUAAAUUUAGUGUUCAGGUGCAUAGUUAGGCUGGUAGAAGAGCAUCUGUCUGUUUUGCUUGUCUGUGUGAAUGGCAGAUUUUGAAAUGGGGUAAAACAGAACUUGACAUGUUAACGGCCAUUAAAUGUGCUGGGUAGGCAGGCAAAGCGGAGAAGAUUUACAUUAGACCUUUCCGUACUGGCUGCAGCCAUGCUAAAGUGGAAGGGAAACCUGAAGCCAUGGACAAAUUUGAACAAAUUCACACAAGCAUACGACUGAAUACAAAACAAUGUCACACCUGUGUCUCCAAGAAUAAUUUUCUAAAAUUAAUUUACCUUUUUAAUCUUAUGAAUGAGUCUUUUGAGGAUUUUGCAAAUGAAAAUAAAUGCUGACACUGAAAUAAGGGGAAGAUUGACUGUUCCAUUAGCAGUAGCCGCAGGGCGUUAGCAUGCCUGUUGUAUCCGCGGCUAAUCAUGCCAAAUUCAGAAUUAGAAUCCCAGUCACACGUUUCCUGUGGAAGUGCUGCCAACAGGAGCCGGAGUGAACCCUUUUCCUUUGAGUUACAAUAUGUGACAGGUGCGCGUUGUUUUCUGUUGUUGGAAAACGGUAAGGCGAAGGCAAGCAAAGAGCAGUGCACAAAAGCCGGAUUUAACCCUCAGCGGCUUUGCGGAAACUUUAAAUACAAUCGCGGCGCUUCGCUCGGGGCCGCUGGGAACAGAAUGCGGCUCGCCCUCGCUUCGGCGCGGUCUCCGCCGUCGUUCGGUUCUGCUGAAGGCCGCGUUCGCCGCCCGUCCAGGAUUAAUAACUCCGGAGACAAAGGGUACUGUGGGCCUUCGCGUGAUGCACAACUGCUGUGGCAGAUUAAACAUCAUUCGGGAACCGCUGCUGUGACAAGCUUGCACACAGGCAACGCUCAGCCGCUGAGGUUUAAUAAAGCGACAGAUCUCAGUUCACACAAAUGCUACAGGAGCGUGACGUGCUUCUCUCCAACGACGCCUUGACGCCGUGGUGACCAGCAGGCCGCAGCGGUCGGCGUUGAUGUUCAGAACCCCAUGCAGACUAGAAUAACGCGCGUGCGGGCUGAGCGUGCUAAUGCACCGGGUGCUGCAAGCUGGUGGCUUAACCUCAGCUUUUGCCAAGGGCCGGGGUACAUAGAUUGACACUAGAGAGAGCUGUUGGAAUGCUGUGAAAUUUUACCUCCCUUCCUACCCUGCAAUAAGACUGAGAGGCACUCCUAGCGAUGACUGAGUCCAGCAAUAGGUUGUUAGAUAGUACUGCUCUGUCAAACCUUAUAUCAAUUUUAUAUCUACGUUGUUUAAUUUUUUCACCUAUACUUCCUGAAUAGUUGUUGCUGAGAAACGGGCAUGUUUCCUGUCUGGUACAGUUUGAGCUCUGACAGUUAAAGAGGAAAACAAAUGCCUCAAAACAACAAUAUUGCAUUUCUACUUCCUGAAAGGAUUAUCUAUUAAGGACUUAAAUGAAAGGACUGGUCAGGUUGUUUUCGUAUUUAAUGAAAAAAUUGCUUACAUGCUUCUUAAUGUGAGUGUUCUGGUGUAAGUAUGCCCUUAUCUCCCACAGCGUGAAUUUCUGUGUUGCUAAAGCUGAUCAGAACAAUAUAUAUGCACUUGUGAAAAUGUUCCAAAUAUGCUGUUUGAUAGUCAGGUUUGCUACAAUAUAUGUGGUCAAGGAUGCCCAUUUAUUGAAUUGCUUAAAGAAAUGUAUUGAAGGAAUUUUUGUACUGGAUAUAACAUAUUGUGAACUGUGUUCAGUUUGUAUAUGAGAUUUUUUUGUAUCUUUUUCUGUUUUUGUACAUUUUAGAUUAAGUUAGCUGCUACAAUGCCUGCAGUUGUUUUCCCUAUUUGGGAGAAUGAAAAAAUUAUUUUAUUUUUUUUUAAUGUAUGAUUUUACCAUGUUAAUGAAGGAUUACUUGCAUUUUCAUUGCACACAAUGCUGCCUAGUUGCCACUAGAUGUCAGCAUUGAAAACAACACGGAUUCCUUACUUAAUUCAACAGCAGAUCCGAAGAGAACAAUUACGCCCAUCCACCUUAACUUGUACGUAAAAGAAUUGUUUCCACGGUCUUAUCUGAGAAAUAUUUGGGGUAAUUGUUUAACUUAUAUAAUAUUAUAUAUGAAUUUAUUACUAUUCAGCUUCAUUAAAUACUAUGUAUUGCCUUUUCACACAGUUUGCUCUCUACAAAGCAUUGAUCCCGGACUGUGUACUGAAAAAACCAUAGGCACUUGGCUGGUGUCUGAUGUAGCCAUCAGAACCCAUUUGCACCCCAGAUGUGAGGACUAUUUCACGAAUGCGGUUUCCCAAUAAUUGUCCAACGACUGGGACAAUCCGGUUUCUUACAGGUCACCAAUCAGAAUACAUGGCGUUUCGGACGGUCCAGCGGCCCCGCACACAGAGCUUAAGUAGCUUUUGUCGUUCGCUUAAACGCGGAGGCCGUCCGGGCGGAGCGGAGAUUAUCGCUGCCCGUUGAAGCGCUUCUGCUUUCACUCAGACGAGAGGCGCAAGAAUUGGUUUUCUAAGCUCCGCUCCGGUAAUCUGUUCACUUUCCUCUUCCCAGGAGAUGAACUCUGACAACAGGGAUUUGACAGCUUCUAUAUAUAUGAGGAACAUCCUCGCUGCAGACCACCGCUGCUCUAAUCAUCCUGUGAUCUCUAACCCCCGCAAAUGCCUGUUCUGUCACUGCGCUGCAUUGCCGCAGAUGCAGCCGCUCGCUGGUUAACUCUGUAGACGGACGAAAUCCACGUUUGGGGUGAGGGGGGUGAGGGGGGUGCAGCGUGUAACGUCUUGCACACCAGUAUUGAGGUGGGUGGUGGGUGGGGGGAGAAAGACCCAUUUUUGCUUCUGAUUGGAUUAAUUAUUUUGUCAGUGUUUACAUCAAUCGAAGCCUUGUCCCUGUUUCACUAAAGCCAUAUUUAGUCCGUAAGUCUGCAUUGUUCCUGUAUAAAAAAGCCUAUCCCAAUCAAUAGUUCCUCUGAUAUAUUGAACAGUGUAUUGAUAAUGUGUGCUCUUCCCUGAAGCCAAAGAUGUGUCUCUGCUCAUGGAGUUCAGAUACCAUGGAAACCUGCCAUGGCGACCUUAUGUGUUGCUGUGCAGUCCGAGUUUAUCACCUAUUGCUGUAUCAUAAUAAACUGUGAAUAUGUACAAAUCACACAAUAAAAUGUAUAUUGCUUUUUUUGUAAA